UAAUGGACAUUAUAUGCUGAAAAACAAAUGAAAAAAACGAUGCCUGAUAUGAUUUGUGGUGAGAUAUAAGGUAAAGGCCGGGCGACUCACACCACCACACGAACCCAAACUGUUGUGGUGGUCUAGGUAGUUAAUAGUGCUUCCUACCCUCAAUUACUUGAUUAUUCCGGAGUCACCAUCAUCAUUUGAAGUUUUACGCUAAAUAAGAAAUAAACAAGCGCGGAGUCUCUGUGGCUCACCACCCUCCUCCUCUCCUGUCCUCCUCCUCUCCCGCCAUCCGCCUCCUCUGCUUCACUACCCACCACACACUCGCUCUACCACCUCCCCCCAUCGAACAUGGCACCAGCAAGGAAAAGCAGAAGACAGGCAAAGCCUCCUGCCAAACUUGGAGAAUUUGUUCGUGAAGAUACCAAGGAAAAAGAUGCUGAGGAAAGUGUUCAUGAAGAUACUAAAGAAAAGGAUACUAAGGAAAGUGUUCAUGAAGAUACUAAAGAAAAGGGUACCGAGGGAAUUGUUCGUGAAGAUACCAGUAUUAAGGAAAUAGUUCGUGAAGAUACUAUGAAAAUGGGUACCAAGGAAAUAGUUCGUGAAGAUACUAUGGAAAUGGGUACCAAGGAAAUAGUUCGUGAAGAUACUAUGGAAAUGGGUACCAAGGAAAUAGUUCGUGAAGAUACCAGUACCAAGGAAAAAGAGCCAACUGAGCCUCGUCGCAGUCAGAGGACACCCAAGCUGAGUGAAAAACUGAAAAGCUAUAUGCACGAUAAAGGUAGUUUGAAAAAAGAAAAACAGGAAUCCCCACAGAGUGAACAAACCAAAAAACCUGCCAAUGCUGCUACCUCAGUUACACGGGAAUCAUCAGGUAUUAGGAAAAGGGAAGCCAAAGUAGUGCUGAAGAGACUCGCAAACUACUACACGACGUCAAAAACAGGAAAGCAAAGUAAAAGUAGCAGUGAAGCUAAAGUAGCAGUAAAAAGGCUGACUAACUCAAAGGUAAGUAGAAGAAAAGGGGACAUUGCCAAGAAGAUGACCACCCUGCCAAGAAAGAAGUUUGGCCUAGCCUUGUCUUCCCUCAUGAAAGAUGCUGGUGCUUCCCGGUCACCACCAAAAGGAACAAAGAGAGUAGCAAAGAGAAAGAUGGAGAGUGAUUCUUCGUCAAAUGAUAAUAAGACUUUUGGUAGACAUAAGAAAAUUAAACGUAAGAGAGGCAGAAAGUUUGAGACACAGAACACAGCUACUGACACAGGUAAAAAUAGUAUGGAAACAGUUGUGCAAGUCAAUAAAGACAUCAUGAACAAGCUUUUGAAUUUUGGUGCAGAAGUUGCAGAGGCCAUGGCUGUAAACAAUGAGGCUAUAUUUGGUCUGAGUGCGGGUGGUAGCACUAUACAAAAUCCUCUUCAGACUCUCAAGGGCGAUGGAGAUGAUGAUUUUGAUGAUGAAGAAGUUAGUAAAAUUAUCAGGUGGCUUGAGGAAGAGGAAGAACAACGAAGAACUUACAGGAAAAGGAUACUUGAAUCACUGAGAGCUUCGCACAAUACAAAUAUGACACUUUAUACACAGAUGUUACAGGUUCUACAGUCUGUAACUUCAAGUGCCUGAAGUUUAUUUUGUAUUUAAAUGAUUAUAUAUAUAUAU